UAGUCGAAAAAUUUUGGCGCGCAGUUUUAAUAAAUUCGAAAAGGGGCGGAGCCACGCCCGCGCCCAUCCAUCAGCUCUAUUCCCUCCCCUCUCUCUCCCUCUCAUUCUCUCUCUAUCACGCUAUCUCUCGCCACGGCUUCGGUUUUGUUUCUGUUUUAGGGUUUGGGUAUCUGGAUUCGAUCUAUACUCUAUCCCUUUUAAGACUGGAGCUGGGCGCUACAUCAUCCUCUUGAAUGUAAUAAUGGGAGAAAGGGUUCAGAAACUUGGAGAAUUGCAUAAAAUUUAAUCUAUUUGUGGAAAUAUUCUGAUGAGUCCAAAAUCCAUGGCGUUCAAACAAAAGAAGCGAGUGAAGAAUGCACGCAAUAAAUACCUGAAACCUGGUGCACUUGCCCAGCUCCGUGAUAGCAGGACCACAACCAGAUGUUGCACAGAUAUAGGCAAGAAAAGGGUUGUCUUGGAUUCAGCAAAGGAAAAAUUAGAGUCACUGCAUCAAGAAGAGGUUACUGUUCACAGUAGUGCAGCUGCUGCAUCUCCAAUUAGGACCAAUUUCCAGCCAAUGGUUGAUGGGAAUAAGCAGCAGAAAUUGCCUGAAACACCUAAAACACCAGAAGGGGCAGACUGCGAUAAUCAGUCGAGGCUUGAAUCUCUUCCUAUGGACCUCCUGGUUAAAAUCCUCUGCCACUUGCAUCAUGAUCAGCUAAGAGCUGUUUUCCAUGUAUCUCAGCGAAUUCGAACAGCUGUCCUUCUGGCCAGGCAACUCCAUUUCAAUUUCACAACUCCAGACAGGUCUAGGCAGGAGAUGCUUAGAACAAAGACACCUCUUCCAACAGAGCAUUGGCCUUUUGUAAGCAAGGGACAUGGGAAGGGCAUCUGGGGAUCAAGUCCGCACACUCCAAAAGCUCCAAGGCAUGGGCCUCGUCCUCCUCGCCUUCACAUGAUGGAUAUGAAACAGAUUGCAGCUGUCCUUUUCCAGGAGUCCGUGCUAUCUUCGAAGUGCAUGGUGCCACCAGGUUUGCCAAGGCCUGUUAUGAAGCCCAUGGCUUCUAAUAGAGUUCUAAUUUACGAGGAUGAGCUUUGCCAGGCGGUAGCACAAAAUAAGCUUCGUUGAAAUUUCUGCCAACUCUUUUAGCGAUGCCGUCUUCUUAUCUAGUUCUUUCCUAUAUGUAUAUGUCUUUUUUCUCCUUCUCAUAAUGUUCCUGGUAGUAGAGCCUGCAGGUUUGUAGCUCGCAAAUGCUGCAUUAGGUAUUAGUGAAAGUUCUGAGAGGGGGCUGAGACAUGGAAAUUAUCAGCUUAUA